GUUCCCCUCCAUUCCGUUGGUGUCUCUUCUCUUGGCCCGCUUUCUUCUUCCUUAACCGCCGCGCCGAAGGCGUAGAGCACCUUCUCUUCUUCUUCCUCCUCUCCUCGCCGGCGGAACAGAAGAAGCACUGCACGACGGCACUGCCCUCCACAGCACGGGCUUGUGGUUGAUUGAUUGAUCGAUCGAUGGCCAUCCAAGAGGAGGGAGAGGGGGCUGGAUCAGCGGAUGCGCCGCUCACUGUCGGAUUGGCGCUCGGCGGUUCCAAAUCCAGCACCUACGUCUUCCGAUGGGCUCUCGCCAAGUUCGCCAACGGCAAGGACAAGCCCGCCCCUAUCUUCAAGCUCAUCCAUGUCCUCACCCCAGUCCUCGCUGUACCUACACCACUGGGGAACUACAUCCCGAUCGAUGAAGUACGCCCCGACAUUGCCGAGGCCUAUGCCAAGGAAGUGCAUGUUCAGGCGCAAGAAAUGCUACUCCCUUACAGAAAAAUGUGUGAUGAGAACAAGGUUGAAGUUGAAGUACUGCUUGUUAAGGGUGAUGAUGUGGCGGAUACCAUUUCCAAUCUUGUCACUCAGUACAAGAUACGGGUCCUCGUCGUCGGUAACCCUACCAGCAGGAGUGCCUUCACUAGGAAGUCCAGUGGAAAUAAGGCAUCAUCCAAGAUUUGCAAGAGUAUCCCCAGCUUUUGCACUACAUAUAUUGUUUCAAAGGAUGGAUUAUCUUCAGUUUAUUCCCCUGGACUAGGAAGUGAAACGUCUUCUUGUAGGAGUUCCGACAGCCAAGCGUUUUCAGGCGAAAUGUCCCUGAGAUCAGAUUUGAGCGACAGUUCAGCACGAACUCUGCUUGGUUUGCUAAGUCUGCCAAGCUCCAACUUGGCAUCAGAGAACCUCAAAAGUAGUUCAUCUGCCGAACGUAAUCGCUCAUUUACUCUAUAUGAUUAUAUCAGUGGAUCUGCAUCAGUAUAUGCUGACAAGGACAGAAGAAUUACCUCAUGCACUGAUAGUGAAAGUUCUAUAUCAAGUAGACUGCGGGCUUCCAACAAGGCGCCAACACAAGGAAGUUCACUGCGGGGAUUAAUGCUUUCAGAAACUAAGGAUGAUGUUAAUAUAGAGCUCGAAAAGCUGAGGCUAGAACUGAGACAUGUACAGGGGGCACACAAACUCGUCCAGGAUGAGUCUGCCGAUGCAUCUCGCCAGGCAAGUUCAGUGGUGGUCGAAUUAGCCGCAAAGCGCGUGGAAGGGAAAGCUCAGUUAAGAGAGAUACAGUCCAGGGUGGAUAAGGCCAAUGAUGAAGUACAGGAAGAGAAGGCCCGUAGAUGUGCCACAGAGGAGGUAGUCACCCAUGUUAAGGAUCUUGUAAGAGCAGAGGUUAUGCAGAAAAAUAGGCUGCUAAUAAAGGCAUCAAAGGUCGCUGAUCAGAAGUCGAGGUUGGAGGAGCUCUUUGUACUUCAUGGCAACUCGUACUCGACGUUCACCUGGGAGGAGAUUGAUAACGCUACAUCAUCAUUCUCAGAAUCACGCAAGAUCGGAGCUGGAUCUAAUGGAACGGUAUACAAGGGCCAUCUCAAUCACUUAGAUGUAGCAAUAAAGGUCCUCCAUUCUGAUGACAGAUCCAGUACCAAGCAUUUCAACCAAGAGCUUGAGGUUCUGGGCAGGAUACGCCACCCACACUUGUUGAUGCUCCUCGGUGCCUGUCCGGACAGGGGCUGCUUGGUGUACGAGUACAUGGAGAAUGGCAGCCUUGCCGACAGGCUGCAAUGCAAAAAUGGCACACCAUCAAUCCCAUGGUUUCACCGCUUCCGCAUUGCCUGGGAAAUUGUGUCAGCCCUUGUGUUCCUGCACAGCACAAAGCCCAACCCAAUCAUCCACCGUGACCUUAAACCUGAAAACGUCCUCCUCGACCGCGAUCUAGUCAGCAAGAUUGGUGAUGUGGGCCUGUCAACACUAGUCCCAUUGAAGGAUUCUUCGUCCAGUGGUACAAUGUACAAGAAAACUGGUCUGGCAGGCACUAUGUUUUACAUAGACCCAGAGUACCACAGGACUGGGCAAGUGUCAGUGAAGUCUGACACGUACGCGCUUGGCAUGGUGAUCCUUCAGCUGCUGACGGCAAGGUCACCAAUUGGAUUACCUGAACUAGUGGAGCGAGCAGUGGAAGAUGACCAGCUUAUGGAUGUGUUGGAUGAGGGCGCAGGGAAUUGGCCCGCAAAAGAAGCACACGAUCUAGCUCAGCUAGGCCUAAGCUGUUUGGAAAUGCGAAGCAAGAACAGGCCUGACCUCAAGAAUAUGGUGUCAGUAGAGCUUGAACGGCUGAAGGGUAUUGCGAUUGUGGCAUCGGGGCCAGUGCAGGUCGUGCCAGGGCUAGGGCCACCCAGCCACUUCUUGUGCCCAAUACUCAAGGUAAGGUGCAAUACAACAAUAAUGGUCAACGUAUGUGUUGUGUUGUGUUCAUCAUACAUAGUUUGUAUGUUCGGUGUAGACGGUGAUGCAGGACCCAUGCAUUGCUGCGGAUGGACACACGUACGAGCGCAACGCAAUUCUGAUGUGGCUGUGCGAGCACGAUGUGUCGCCCGUGACAAAAGCACUGCUGCCUAACAAGACAAUUGUGUCUAACCAGUCUCUUCUGAGUGCGAUAUCAAGCUGGAGGUCCCAGGGGGGAGGCCUUUGAUUGGUAAUUAGUCAGUCUAACUGCACAUAUCAGAGAAGGGUAAUAUCAAUGGUGUAGAGAGUUGUUUCUGUCUGCUUGUCUGUAUGUCUGUCUCUAGGUCCGUGUCAGCUUCUGCAUAAAGUGAAGAAGCAAUUUUGCAUCAUAGGAAUGUCCAGGAUAGGAGGUGAGAUGAGAGAUUCUAAUCACACGGUUGAAAGGUAUCCAUGGGUAGGUCGUCUCAGUUGAGUUUUGCAAUUCGUGCAGUGCCAGGUUAAAAUUCCAAGUCUCUCCUACAAAAACUAGUACAGUGCAACCGGUAAUAGGAUGGUGAUAUUUUGGUUGUUAUGUUGGAUGCUGAGAUUUCAUGGAAACUUUGAUGUGAUUGAGAUGAGAUGAAUGAAAUGUGGAUGUCACACACUUAAGCUAGGACUUUUACAU